AUGGUUGUUCGGAUACAGGGCGAAUUGAGAGUGAACGGAGUACUAAAUCUAACACGUGAUAUUGAUGGUCGACCAAUGAUAUCACCGGAGCCAGAUAUUAUUUCUUUCGAGCUGGACAAUUCGGAAUAUCUUCUACUGCUAGCAUGCGACGGUGUUUGGGAUUCACUCACUGAACGUGAAGUAUUUUCACAUGUUGCGGAAUUUGUUCGUGCAAAUCCACCGGAAAGUGAGAACCGUUUGAUUUUUUUUUUAGAAACGUUACCACCUUUCAGGACGUGUUUCCUUCUCGCACGUCACAGUCUGAAAUUUCACAUUUACUAA